AUGGGUGACAUCGACUCCUACCAGCUCCCCGACGCCAAGGGCUACUCCCAGUUCACCAGGUACCUCCUGGGUGUGAGUGACGAGGAGCGUCAGGCGCGGCGCGAGCAGAUCCUGGCCACCAGCCAGAAGGACUUCAGGGAGUUUGCCGAGGUGAUUGAGGUGGUGCGCGGCGACGCGGCGCGCGUGGUGGCCGUGACCAGCCCCGACAAGGCCGCCGCCGUCAACGCGGAGCGCAACGGCUUCUGGGACGUCAAGAAGGUGCUGUGA